AUGGCUUCGCCGUCCCCGUCCAGUCGCUGCGCCUACGCCGUGGGCUUCAAGCUGGAGGUCGCCAAGUUCGCCGAGGGCCACGGGAAUAGGGCGGCCGCGCGCCACUUCGCCGUGAGCGAGGCGAACGUGCGCCGCUGGCGUGAGCAGAAGCGCAUGGGCUCCUUCAAGGCGACUCCCCGGACGGCAAAGAAGCUGGGCUCCGGCAGGAAGGCCUUCUUCCCCGAGCUGGAGAACGCCCUCUUCGAGUGGGUGGUGGCCGGCCACAAAGCCGGCGGCGGGGCGCUCACCACGGGCGCCAUCGCCGCCAAGGGCCGCGAGCUGGCGCAGAGGAAGGGCCUGGUGGGGUUCACGGGGCGGCCCUCCUGGGUGCACCGCUUCAUGCGCCGCAAGGGCCUCGCCGUCGGGCGCCGGGCAGGUGCCGCGACGGCGCGGCGCCUGCCCGACGCCUACGACGAGAAGAUCUACGAGUUCCACCGCCGCAUCUACAAGAUGCGCAAGAAGGAGGACUACGCGCUCGCCGACAUCGUCGGCAUGGACGAGACGCCCGUGUGGCUGGAGAUGCCCUGCGGCGACGCGGCCGUCGACGCGUUCGGCGUGCAGAGCGUGUCCACCGUGGGCACGGGCGGCGAGAAGCUGCGCUUCAGCGUGAUGCUCUCCUGCUGCGCGGAUGGCCGCAAGCUCGAACCCAUGUGCAUCUUCAAGCGCAAGACCGUGCCCAAGGACGCUCCGUGCGGGGGGGUGGCCGUGACGGUCCAGCAGCAGGGAUACUGCGACGAGCAGGUCAUGAAAGAGUGGAUCUCGCGGUGUCUGAUGCGGCGCCCCAACGGUGGUGGGCUGCUCCGGCGCCGCUCGCUGCUCGUGAUGGACAUGUUCAGCGCCCACGUGCACGAGUCGGUGAGAGAGUGGCUGGAGGAAGAGCGCGUGAGCGUGGCCAUCAUACCGGGAGGUCUCGGCAGGGUGCUCCAGCCGGUGGAGAUCGCCGUCAACGGGCCCUUCAAGGAGAGCGUCAGGGACAAGUGGGCCGCCUGGAUGAGGCGCGAGAACCCGGCGGUCACCGCGUCGGGGAAGGUGAAGCGCGCCGGCGUCCCCGAGGUGUGCGCCUUCGUCAAGGAGGCCUGGGACGAAAUCUCGUCCGAGGUCAUCGUCAAGGGAUUCCUCAAAGCGGGCAUCAGCAACGCGCUGGACGGAUCCCAGGACGAAGAGCUGUUCAGCGAGCCCGGGGACGGGGACGACUCCAGCUGGAACGACGAGGACAGCAGCGGCGAGGAGGAGUGCGACGGCUUCUGCACAGAGACGGAGACCCCGCGCCCACUCACUCCGAUGUGGAUGGGUGAAAGAAAGCAAGACGCUCCGUAG